AUGGACUGUAAAGAGGACAACGUCAUAACCUACAUCAUACACAACCUUGAAGUAAGGCGUAAGAAGAAGCUACCGAUGUAUCUUGUCCUAACAUUAGUCCUAAACUGCAACGCGCUGGGCUUUUCCAAGAGUAAUCAGUAUGGAACAAUUACAUUGAUCAAGCAAUCGUAUGUGAACAGACCGGUGACGCUGAAGAUAGAGCCACGUGAUGGGUGGAUGGGUGGCGUCGUUUGGAAAUACCUUCAACCAGGAUCAGCUGAAUUCAGGGUCGCUAACAGUCAAAAUGACAGUACUCAGUUCUCGGAAAAUGGAUCAUACUAUUUAACACUCAUUAAUGCAAAGGCUGUUUACAAUAACACGUACUUUUACGCCGAAUAUGCAUACAAACCAUCCAUGAAAUCACAAGUAAUAGAGCUGGAUUUAGAUGUUCCACAAAACUCUGUCGUUGUCGGGCCUCAGUAUGGAGACUUUUUUAAGACAAAAUGUGUUUACGCUGAUGCUGGUAUCGACAUAUUUUGCAAGACAGAUACGGGAAUAGAUCCUGUGAGUGUUAGCUUUAGUGUUGGAGGCAAGGUAUUACCACUUUUAGCUGAUGGGAAAGAGCCAGAGUUGCGUAAAUUAGACCACACCCGACUCCGCCUUAAGAAGGAAAUGGCUGGCAGUAAUGUAACCUGUAAAGUUGUAUACAACGCCAAUAAGGCUCCAGUUGAGUUUACAGCACAUUUGUGCUAUUUAGAGUUUGGUACGGGACCAACAUUAAUAGAACCAAGUUGUUUCUAUGGCGAUGACUCAACUGCAACUUGUGAAAUAAAUAAUAUUCGACCGGUUCAAAUGAUUGAAAUUCGUGUAAACGACAGGAUAUUAAAAGUGCAACAACAAGAUGAAUAUGAUCGUUCAAAAAAUACCUUCUCCAGCAAAGCAACUCUUAAAACUGCUUCUGAGGAAUGGAAUGGAACAGAAAUGUGUUGCACAUCAAGGAUUGGGAACAACAAUAUUGGAAGGUCUAUUUGCAAGCCAAUACUUAUGAGCUGUAUGCAGAAUAAAGAACAAAGCUCGCUUUUCGUUAGCUUCUGGCUCCCAAUUAUCGCCGGUAGUUUGGCAUUUAUCAGUAUGUCCACAAUAACGCUUGUUUGCUGUCUACGAAAAGACGUCAACAUAACGGUAAAACAAAGCAAUGAUGCAUUUUUUUACCUCUAA